AUGUCCAUGUCCAUGUCUCGGUCUGGCGUCCGACAGGGUUGUAUCCUGUCACCCAUUCUGUUCAACUACGCUAUUGACUGGAUCCUCGGGAGGGCCCUACGCGACAGUGACGGCGUUGAAUUUGCACCCGGACAUCGACUGACUGAUCUCGACUAUGCCGAUGGUAUCGCCUUACUUGCUUCAAGUUUUGGUGAUCUGCAGUCUAUGGUGUCACGGGUGAACGAGGUCGCUAAAUCGGUCGAUUUGUCCAUAAACGCUGGGAAGACCAAAGUGUUCUCAAGCUGCAUCCCUGACCAGGAGAAAGCACCCCUCGGGAUUGAUGGCUGUCAACUUGAAGAAGUAGACAGUUUUAAAUACCUCGGAGUGAGGCUGCUGCCUAAUGGACAGAGUAAGGAUGACAUUGUUUCCCGAAUCGAUGCUGCCCGCUGGGUUUUUUCAAGCCUUCGGAAAUGCCUGUGGAACAGACGUGACCUCUCCAUCGCCACAAAGAUUCGCGUGUACCGUGCAUCUGUCCGGUCUGUCCUUCUUUACGGUUGUGAAUGCUGGGCUUUGCGCGUGGAGGACGAGCGAAAACUGGAGGUAUUUAACCACCACUGCUUGAGGACCAGCCUUCGAGUGAAGUUCACUGACUUCGUCUCAAAUGAGACAGUCCGCGAUCGCUGCGACAACAUCUCAAGGAUAACUCAGACCAUCCAAGAAAGACGACUGAGGUGGUUCGAGCAUGUUCUUCGUCGUCCACCUCAGGAGCUCAGUGUUACUGCCCUCGAUCCGGCACCGUUGCCCCAUUGGUGGCGUCGAAGAGGGGGUCAGUUCAAAACCUGGCUCGACACAGUUCGUAAAGACAUGGAGGUGGCUCUUGGACCUUCGGUAUUCGGUCUCCGUCGUUGGCGGAGGGAAUGGGUUGAGCUGUCCAGAUCUGCUGCCGCGGAUCGUCACGCGUGGAGAGGUACAGUUCGGGACAUCAUCGAGGCCGGCUAG